CUACAACAGGCUGGCGAAAUAUGUUCCUAUGUUUUGCUAUCGCUACUCAGUAUCGCUCAGUAUCGGCGCGUGCUCAACGUUAGGCGGUUGAGCGUACCAUUCUUUCAUUGCAGAUUUAUUUCAUCCUUCCAUUUAGUAAACUUCACAGAACGUUCACACUACCCCGGCAUUGGAAUAAACAUCACAUUACGAAAAAGCAAUAAUGACGCGUGACGAUAUCAGCGAAAAUAAAAAUUCUCACAAAUCCAAAUUGAUACCGUUUAUCACCACGACGAUACUAUAUUUCUCGCUAAUCGAACAUACCGAUCGUGCCACCACGCCAUCGACGGUACUAAAAUGUAUGCCGAUAAUCAGUUUAUUAUUUUUCGUUGUGCUGACAGAGACCAAAACUAAGGAAGCGAGACGAUACAGCAGGUGCAUUUGGCUCGGUCUCUGCUUCUCGUCCGUGGGCGAUUUCUUGCUAAAUUAUGAUUUAUUCGAAGCAGGAAUGGGAGCGUUUGGAGCUGCCCAGGUUUGCUACAUCGUAGCGUUUGGCUUCGAACGAUUGAAAUUUUGGAUUGGCGCUAUCUUAUACGUGGGCGGAAUAAUGGCAACGGCUCUCUUCUAUGAAAAUCUGCACUCCAUCAUCAAAAUAUGUCUUCCAAUGUACGCUGUGCUCUUGCUCACUAUGUGCUGGAGGUCGUUAGCGAGAAUACAAACCCCUAAUAACCUGCUGCAGCUUGCGUGUGGAAUAAGCAGCAUUUUAUUCGUAUUGUCAGACGGCAUAAUUGCGUUUGAUAAAUUUUAUACUCCUAUAUAUUCAGCACAGACUUAUAUAAUGGUAACAUAUUACAUUGCACAAGCUGGAAUAACACUCAGUAUAACCGAUCACAGAUUGCAAAUUGAUGAAUUUGCAAACACUUUGGGCUCGCCGACGCAACUUUACAAGAAGACUGCAUCCAAAAACAAAUCCAAGUCGUCCUGAACACUGUUGUAUCAUACAACACUCCAAAUUACAUUGUUCCAUCAAAGCGAUUGAGCAGCUAGUAGAUUACAACAUCUGUGAUUCUGUAUCUUCCUAUUAUUCAGGACUAUUCUUUUUGAAAUGAAUUUUGUAUUCUUUUGAUGAAAAAUUUAAUAAACGAGCGUGCAAUAUUUUAACCUGCAUUUUA